GCAGUUUGUGCUAAAACCUACCUAAAAGUGCACUCCCCCCCAUUGAAGCACAUCUUUCAGGGCAGGAGCCAUCACUGAAAAGCAGCUUCAAAGUUCAGAUUAAACCAUUAUUGCUCUUCAUGCAAACCAGUUAUCUUUUCUGGCUCCCUCUUUGUGUUUUCCAGGAAAUACCAAACACAUAUAUGUGUGUGUGUGCGCGCGUGUGCAUGCGCGCACACGCAUAUGCAGUGCACUACUGCAGUUGGCAAGGAACUGAGCACCCCUUCGGCCAGCCCAGGAAGCCAGCCAAGAACUCUUGUGUGUGCUGCUCCUUGGCACCCUUCCAGCAGUCCAUAUGCCACUCAGCUGGAGCCUGUUGUAUCAAGGGCCAUGGCUGCUGCCCUUUCUCUUUUGCCAGACUGUUCAAUUUCCUGCCAUUCCCUGGAGGAUAUUAAGUUCCACAGCUUGUAGAAUAUCUUCAAAACUGCUCUUGCAUUUGCUGUAAGUCUUUACAGUCACUAGUGACAGAGGGGCUGGCAGGCGGGGGCCAAAAGCUUAGCAAAUUGGUUGAUGUUUGCUAAAUUAAAGUCUCUCUAAAUGAAAAUUAAAAGGCCGGAACUGAUGACUAGCCUCAGGAAGCAGCCACCCAAACCUGAUUCUUCAAAAGAAGACUCAGUCCUAAACAGAAGGGAUCAUACAAACUGCAUCAGUGAAAAGAUAAUGAUCUCACCUGUAUGCAUUUAGAUCAUUUUAAGAGGUCCUAAGCCUAAGUAUACCUCAUGAAGCAUACCAUGUUUCCUUCUUGCCAACAGUCUUCAUGGUACAGAAUGAAGUAAUUCAGUUCUUCUGAGAAAGAAGAGCAGAUAGGAGAGAAAAAACUCCUCAGAAAUAGAGGUGGUGUUUUAACCAGCAUCUAACUGCGAUUUUUCCAUAUUGAAUUACACCUUUGGGAGUAGCAUUUGUGCCUGGCCUCCCCAGCCAGGUGCAAUUCAGAUGUGUUGAACAAGAGCUCCCAUCAUCUCUAGUCAACAUUGGCCAGCUGCAUUGGAGGAGCCUUAUAUAUGCAACCAGGGCCCUAUAUGUACCACCUGUCAGAGUUUGACAUCUCAGCGUGAGCAAGUGAUAAAAGGAAGCAGAGUUCUGCUUUCUUGAAGGAGACAGCUAGGUAAGAGACCUUUUAAACAAAAUUCCUGCACAUGGCUGGAUGAAGAGCAGAAAUAUGGAAAAUCAAAGUUAAAGUUAUCAACAAUUUGAAUUCUUGCUGAAUAUCCCCUGUACACUUUUGAGACUUCAUCUUUUGGUUUCUGUGCUAUUAAUCAUUCUAUGAUUGUGAGAGAGGAAAGCAUGAAAAUGUCAUAAUGGUGGUAAAAUGUCUACAUGUGCUGUGUCAUGUUCUCCUAAAAUAAACAUUUUUAAGGGUCUACAGACUUUCAAAAAAUGAUGCGACUUCACGAAGGCUCUGAAUACUCCUGAGUCCAUAAGAUGAGCUGUAAAGAUCAAGGAGUUAAUUGACUGAAGCAUGACUACUAGAGCAUGUAGGACAAAACUUAAAAUGGGUAGAAACCAAGGUGCUGAAACAUUAAUCUUUGUGAGUGAAUAUUUUUGUCUAAAGAGUUAUUCUACCUUUCAUUCUUAGGCUGGCUCCCAUUGGCCAGACUAUUACCCAGGAUUCAGCAUUGCCUGUGUUCUUCCCCUUUGUGAUGGCAUAGAAGGCUUUGAGAAUUGCUGUUACAUUCCACCGAUGAGAGUAAGAAGAACCAGAGUUGGACUUGGCUUUGUUGGCUGGAUGGGAUUCCUGUUUCUGCUGCUCUUUUUGAUGGAGAGAGUACUGCCCAUGCCAAGUUUUCAAAGCAAGUCUAGUCCAUCUGUCCCAGAGGAAUUCAUUGCCCCCUUGGAAUUCCAGCAGCGGCACUUUGGCUUGGUGGAUGAUUAUGGCAUUAAACCAAAGUAUCCCAAGUUCCGGACAUGGGCACUACAUAAGAAAUUGGAUAAACUGCGUAAAGUACACAAGACCAAGCGAGAUGAGCCAGACUUCGAGGAAUAUUAUUAUGAUGACCUCUUUUGACUUUCCUUUGGAAAGUGGCAAUAUAUAUGCUGCCCCUUCGGUGGCUAUCUAUCAAUUGAUCAUAGGCAGAACAAUCAAAACAGAGCACUUAGUGCUGUGGGAAAUGGCCAAGAUCCUUGUUCUCAGCCACAUGAUGGGAAUCAUCCCUGAAGCUCUAUGUGUUCUUUACAUCCAUACUACAGGGACAGUGCUUUGCUCCAAAAUGAGCAGGCUGUGGAUCCUGGCUUUCCUUUCAUGCCUCUUAACUCUAAUGAGCACUGAGCAAAACUUGAAAACAUUUGACUGCUGUGGAGAUGGGCUUCUGUUGCAAAUUCUGGGAUAAUAAUAGAAUAGUGUGGCAAACCCUGGGGCCAUUCCCAGUUCUCUCCCUUCAUGGUUCUCUUCUCUGCCUCACCUGCCAUGACUCUCUUGGCUGUGUGUCAAUGUUCUUGCCUAGGUUUCUUUUCUUUACCACCACCCCGCCUUAGAGGUUCCAAAUUCUAUGGAUAGUCAAUUGGUGUGUGGAGAAUUGUGCAAUAUAAAUAUAUGAAUAUAUUUUGCAAAA